AUGAUCGCGAUGGGUGGUGCCAUCGGAACCGGCUUGUUCAUCGGUACUGGAACUGCAAUCGCUACUGCUGGUCCGGUUGGCUCCUUGAUCGCAUAUAUUUUUGUUGGAUCAAUUGUUUAUUCUGUCAUGACUGCAUUGGGUGAGGUGGCUACCUACCUCCCUAUUCCUGGAGCCUUCGCCACAUACGCCAAUCGCAUCGUGGACCCCAGCCUGGGCUUUGCUAUGGGCUGGAUUUAUUGGUUCUCAUGGGCAUCGACGUUUGCUCUUGAAUUGACAGCCACGGGUCUUAUAAUCCAGUUCUGGGAUGAGAGCAUUCCAAUGGCUGCUUUCAUUGCCAUUUUCUGGGUUGUGAUUAUAAUUCUCAACAUGUUUCCAGUCAGUUGCUAUGGUGAGAUCGAGUUCUGGCUCUCCAGCAUCAAGAUCAUCACCGUCGUUGGGUUCAUGAUCUUCGCCAUUUGCAUGAAUGCCGGAGUUGGUAAAGAGGGAUAUAUUGGAUUCAGAUAUUGGGUUCACCCUGGACCUUUUAUUCCUUAUUUGCUCGAGAAUCCUGCUCAGGAUGCGUUGGCAAAGUUCCUCGGAUUCUGGGCGAUUCUUAUUAAGGCUGGAUUCUCCUAUCAAGGAACUGAGCUUGUCGGUAUUGCUGCUGGUGAAACCGCCAAUCCGCGCAAGAAUGUGCCCUCUGCGAUUCGGAAAACAUUUUUCCGAAUUGUGUUCUUCUUCAUCUUCACUGUUUUCUUCAUCGGCAUUGUCGUUCCAUCUGAUGAUGAGCGUCUAACUUCGGACAGCAACGGUGCUGACGCAAACGCGUCUCCCUUUGUCAUUUCUGCACGACGAGCUGGCGUCAACGCCUUGCCGAGUAUCAUCAACGCAGUUUUAUUAACGGUAGUUCUCUCUGCCGCCAAUUCGAACGUGUACAGCGGCAGUCGAAUUCUGGUAGGACUGGCAAACGAAGGCUUUGCACCUCGCAUCUUUGGCAAAGCCAGCAAACGCGGUGUACCUUAUGCGAGUGUGGGUUUCACCGCACUUUUUGGUCUAUUGGGAUUCCUCAAUGUGUCAAACGCCGGAGCAACCGUCUUCAACUGGUUGAUGCAAAUUGCUGGCUUGGCUGGUUUCAUUACCUGGGCCUCGCUUAAUAUUAUUCAUCUGGCCUUCAUGAGAGCAUUGAAAGCACGAGGAAUAUCACGCGACACACUUCCUUAUAAGGGAACUUGGCAGCCAUAUUUCUCUUGGUAUGGGUUGUUCUUCAACAUCCUCAUCAUCAUCACCCAAGGGUUUACGGCUUUUAUCCCGACGUUCAGCGUCCAAGACUUUUUCAUCAACUACCUUAGUCUCAUUUUGUUUGCGGUUCUGUAUAUCGGCCACAAAAUCGCUUUCCGUACAGAAUUUGUGAAACCGAUGGACGCGAACAUUGAUACCGGUCGGCUGGAGGACUAA